AUGCUGCGUGCGGCGCGUGGCGGCGCCCGGCUCCUGCUGCCCGCGCGCGGUGCAGGUGCGGCCUGGGGGCGGCGGGGACCGGAACCGGAACCGGGACCGCUCGGCCUCCCGCCGCACCGGUGCCUUCCGCGCCGGCUGCUGCAAGGGGCGCCCCCGCCCGCCCCCCCGCCCGCCGUGGGGCGGUGGCUCCUGGCCUGCAGCGGCGCCGUGGCCGGUGCCGUGGUGCUGGGCGGUGUCACCAGGCUGACAGAAUCCGGCCUUUCUAUGGUUGACUGGCACCUGGUGAAAGAGAUGAAACCCCCCCGGACGCAGCAAGAGUGGGAAGCCGAGUUCCAGAAGUACCAGCAGUUCCCAGAGUUUAAAAUCCUGAAUCAUGACAUGACACUGACAGAGUUCAAGUUCAUUUGGUACAUGGAGUAUUCGCACCGUAUGUGGGGCCGUGUUGUGGGUCUGGCCUAUAUUCUACCUGCUGCCUACUUCUGGCGAAAAGGCUGGCUCAGCCGCCCCAUGAAGGGCUGUGUUCUUGCACUCUGCGGGCUGGUCUGCUUCCAGGGGCUGCUGGGGUGGUACAUGGUGAAGAGCGGGCUGGAAGAGAAGCCAGACUCUUACGACAUCCCUCGGGUCAGUCAGUACCGUCUCGCAGCACAUCUGGGUUCCGCGCUGGUUCUGUACUCCGCCAGCCUGUGGACAGGGCUGUCGCUGCUGCUUCCACGACACGAGUUACCAGCAACCCGUCAGCUCCUUCGCCUGAGGCAAUUUGCUCAUGGCACUACAGCUCUCAUUUUUCUUACUGCUCUUUCAGGUGCUUUUGUGGCAGGGCUUGAUGCUGGCCUUGUGUACAAUUCCUUCCCCAAAAUGGGGGAGCGCUGGAUCCCAGAUGAUCUCCUGGCCUUCUCUCCCGUGCUGAGAAAUAUCUUUGAGAAUCCUACAACCGUGCAGUUUGAUCACAGGAUCCUGGGAAUUGCCUCAGUCACAGCUGUCACAGCACUGUACCUCUUCUCACGGAAGAUCCCCCUCCCUCGCAGGACCAGGAUGGCAGUGACUUCCUUACUGGCUGUGGCUUGCAUGCAGGUGGGCCUGGGCAUCAGCACCCUGCUGAUGUACGUCCCGACGCCUCUGGCUGCCACGCACCAGUCGGGCUCCCUGGCUCUGCUCAGCAUGGCACUCUGGCUCAUGAGUGAGCUCCGGCACGUCCCCAAGUAACCGGCUAGAGGGAGAGGAGCCCUCCUGGAGGAGCUGUGCCACGGGCCCCGAGGCGGCAGAGAGCCCCCCGCACCGGGUGCAGGGGGGUUGUGUGCCAGGCAGGGCUGUGCGCAGGUGGAAGGCGGCGGGCGUGAGAACUUUGUAACAUAAAGGAGUUUUUACGGA